CACAAAUUCCCAUGUCCUGCAGGAAGAACACAGUUGUUCAGGAUUCCUGCACAAUUCCCCGACUGAUUCCAACCACUUCUGUCUCUCUCCUCAUGAACCCUGUAGAUGCCCCUGGAUCCAGGAACCAAGAAAUCUCAGCUACGAGUCUUAGAGCUGUGAAGUGGAUUUUCCAGGAAGAUAUUCACAAAGGCUGCCAUGGCCACUAUUGGCGAGAUAUGUGCGUCUAUGGCCCUGGGGAUUUAAAGUGGCUGUAUGAAUCUUCUAGCAUGUUCGCUAACAAGCUGGAGUUGGAGACCUACCCACUUACUGUGGAAUGUCUAGAACUGAGGAUACGAGAGAAAACUCUGAACCAGAGCGAAGUCCCUGUGGAACCAGACUGGUAUUUGCUCCAAGAGUAAGAGCUACUUCAAAGAAAAUAUAAAACAACAACAAUUAAAAAAACUAAUAAGUCUUAUUUUGGAAUAUGUGCCCUACUUUCCUCAUGGAUCUUGCCUAGGACACGUGGCAGACCUGGGGACCACCUCUGAGCCUGCAGGAAGAGCAUCCCAGGUCACUGUGAACAUGGAAGGCGUCAAAGUUCAGCUGACUGCAGUUGGCACCUUAGCCAUGAGCGGCUGAUUCUUAACUCCUAAUGUAACUCCUACUCUAACCCAUUCUAAUCACAGUCUUUUUUUUUUUUUUAAAUCAUUUGAUUGU